AUGCAUCGCGCAAAGGUGACGAACUUGCUGCAAAUCCAUGGGUGCUCUCUUUCGUUCUACUGGCCACAAAUGCAUCGGGCCAUUCGUGUGCUCGGAUGGGCGGAGCGUGUGCCGCGCAGUGUAUCCCAGGCCUACUUUGAUACUCGACCCGUCGGCAGCCGGAUUGGUGCGUGGGCAAGUCCACAAAGCCAGGUGAUCCCGUCGCGCGAGUCGCUCGAGUCACUUAUUGCAGCAUGCCAACGCAACUUUGAUAAUCCGACCUCAGACGACGCGCACAUUCCUGUACCCGACCAUUGGGGUGGGUACAUUGUGGUGCCUGAUGAGAUUGAGUUUUGGAUCGGACGGACGAAUCGCUUGCACGGACCGGUGUCGGUACUCGCGCAAUCCCAACACCACGCUGCCUGUCUCGGAUGCAUCGUCUUGGGUGCUUGA